CAUUGUUAUUAGGGCUAGCCUGGGAAAACCGCAGAGAGGGCCAAUGCGAGGGUGAUUAUAAGCAAUGUGGAAGGCUGUUCGCUGCGCGCAAUGAUAAGUCUACGUUCUUUAUUCCUGCUGUAACCAUUUCAAUCGGCCAGUCAUGUCGGAGGGUGUCCGGGAGUGGCACGAAUUUGCCUUGACUCACGUGGAGUAUCCAGUUGGUGACAAUGUUGGCAAAGUCCUGUGCCUCUUCAGCCUGCUACCACAGGCACUCAUUGUCAGCUUCGUGACCCUUGUCAUGUUCAAGAGGGACCUGCACACAAUAUUCUUCUUCAUAGGUGUGUGUGCGUGCGAGGUGCUGAACAUCAUUCUGAAGCACACCCUUCAGCAAGCGCGGCCGUCGCUGAAGAGAACAAACUACAGCCUGUACGGCAUGCCGUCCUCCCACUCCCAGCUCUCGUGGUUCAUCGCCGGAUACCUGACUCUGUUCCUGCUCAUCCGGCUUCAUCACGUUCAAACAUCGUCACUACUGAUGAACAUGUGGAAGCAUAUGGCAGCCGUGUUGUGCUGCGUUUGCGCUGCAUUAGUAUCGUUCAGUAGGGUGUACCUGGAGUACCAUUCCUGGUGGCAGGUGGUCUGCGGAGCAGGCGUUGGCGUCGCCUUUGGUGUGCUCUGGUUCGUCUUCGUGCACUGGGUGUGCACACCGUUCUUCCCUCAAAUAGUGCAAUGGCGGAUCUGUGAGCUGCUGUUGAUCUGCGAUACCUCGCUCAUCCCGUGCAUCAUGUGGUUCGAGUACGCCAACAUCCGACAGGAGGCGCGCGCGCGCCAGCGCCGCCUGCACUUGUCCGCCAAGAGCCAAUGACGUCCGACCGGCGGCGCCAAGAAGCGACCGCCAUGACCCCCCCUCCCCCCCCUUUCCCCUGGCGCGCUCCUUCCCCGUUCCCCCGGGCUCGACACCGAGCCCCGGAACCUGACGGAGCCGGGCCGGGCCGGACCUGAUCUGGUCCGUCCGUGCCCGCCUUGGCGCGACCCCGCCUCUCACCGCCGGUCAGGGGCGAGGCCGGGUGACACUUCAGGUCAGCAGGCCUGCCGGGUGGACGGCGGGUUUAGUGUCGGGGCAUCUGCGAUGGUAGUGGCGGCGAUGCCGGGCCGAAGACGGCGAGAGGCCGGCACCAGGCGGGAAUACUCUUGUUAGUCAGCUGACGCCGCCGGGCCGGCCGAUGCGCGCUAGGUGGGCCCUUACACUUGGAUACGUUACCCCCGUUGUGUCUUCGCCCUAUUGAUGCCCCUCCCCAUUCCCACGUUUUUGACCGGCGGCCAUCCACCCCUAAUAAGCUCUCUAUGCACUUCUAU